AUGGGAGUGCAUGUGAGUGGAGUGGCAGGUCUGGAGGGCAGGGGGAUGCUUGUCGUGCAGUGCCCAGGGAGAGCACUCUUCCUGUGGGCGCCCUCGGGAAAGGACCUGGGUGAUAACGUGACAUGUGAACCAGCAGUGCAGGGCCUCGAUAAGGCUCCAUCAGAUACAGCCGUCCAGCAAACAGGCAGGGGAAGUGCAGAUAAGACCCCCACUCACUGUUUGAUCCACUUGUUUGGUCGAGCUGAGGGCACGGGUAGACAGGAGCCACAGCUGCAGACAGGAGCCACAGCUGCAGACAGGAGCCACAGCUGCAGACAGGAGCCACAGCUACAGACAGGAGCCAUAGCUGCAGACAGGAGCCAUUGCUGCAGACAGGAGCCACAGCUGCAGACAGGAGCCACAGCUGCAGACAGUAGCCACAGCUACAGACAGGAGCCAUAG